AUGCCCGUGACAAUUCCCAGAGGGUUUCGAUUUUCGCCUACGGAUCAGGAGCUGCUAAAAUACUUAGAAUGCAAAGUUAUGGGCACACCUUUGCCUUAUGAUCAUGUCAUAUCGGAUGACAUUGAUGUCUAUAGCCCUGAAAGUCUUCCAGAAGCGUUAAUUAAUCGUUAUGGAAACGAAGAGAAGGUGGUUUAUGUUUUCACGAGGUUGAAGAAAGUAACAAUGAAAGGGACAAACUUUGACCGGAAAGUUGGGGAAUGUACAUGGAAACCCAAUGGAAGGGCCAAACCAAUUAAGGACGGAGAACCAGAAAAAGUGGUGGGGAAGUUUAAAACUUUAAGCUUCGUAAAGGAGGGGGUGAAGUCUGGAUACAUUAUGAAAGAGUUCACUUUGAAUGGAAGUGAAGAAUAUGCUUUAUGCCAAAUCUACAAGAAACCCGAGAAGGAGAAAGCGAAUUUACCGAAAGACAAAGUUGCAAAACAAGAAGAAGUAGAUGCGAAGUCCGAUGACCAGAAUCAGCUCCCAUAUUAUCCUGGAUAUGUUCAUCAAGUGCAAAAUGAAGCCAUUGAUACGGUCCCUCCAUUUAUUUCUUCUGAAACAUCACUUGAUCAUCACCAUCAGCAGCAGCAUCCUUGGGUUCAUGAUCUUGAUUCAGCAUCAGCGUAUGGAGAUCCGAUGCAGCAAGAAUUACUUGGCGAAUCGAUGAUCCAUAAUAUGCAAGAACAACAACUACAACAACAACAAGAUAAUAGGCCCUAUGAUGCAAACAUGGAUUUGUUCUUGACUUUGUUGAACGAGAAUCAUCAUCAUGGUAUGCCGUCUUUACAGCAAUCGCCGGAAUUGGAUCGGUUUCCCCUUGAUUUGACGGAUUAUCAGCCAUGGUCAACACCAAGGUCGUCCUAUUUCCCUUAUUCAAUUCAACAUCAAAUGGCUGAAGUUACAGAAUCCGCACCAGGUACACAACAAACCAAAGUUGAUCAGCUUCAAGAGUAUCCGAAUCACGCGAUGAUCCAAAUGAUUCAAGCCUCGAACAUGAGCGCAUUAUUACACGAUCAUCAAGAGCAAUAUAUGUUGGCUAACGCUUGCUAUGAUCAAGCAGGAAUGGAGAGCAUGAACGCGAUGAUGAUGAACCCCUCCUACGCUGCCACAUUAAUGCGUGUUGAUGAUAAGCCGAAACCCGAAAAUCAUGUUACCGUGAACUUGGCUGAGAUUGAUGACCCGAUUAUGACGACAAAGGAAAGUUGCGCAAGCUUCAUUGAAACUACCAAUGAAGGAGAAAUGGGUGGCAAUAGACAAGUUGAUUGCUCAGAUUUUGGAAUGAAUUUAGCAACAAUAUUAAGAGGUUCCAUGGAAGAAUACUAUCCUUUACCGGAACAGGAUCCAAUGGUAGAUAACAACUAUGGCUUGGAUAGAUUAAAGGAUUUCGUGAUGCCUAAUCAUCCGUAUCUUUGGUAG